UCUUCUCUUCAUCCUCACAUUCACAUCUAACAAUAUUUAAUAUCUCUUUUUCUUCUCUCUCUCAUCUUUGCAAAUCAAUAUGGCUAAGUUCACAACCAUUUUCAUCAUGGCCCUCCUUCUCUGCUCAACGCUAACAUACGCAGCCCGGCUGACUCCGACGACAACCACCUUCUCUUCCAGAGAAGACUCCGUCAAGGAAACUGAAGGAGAUAAAGCUGAAGAAGAAAGCUGCGAAGGAAUUGAAGAAGAUGAGUGUUUGAUUAGACGAACUCUUGUUGCUCACACCGAUUAUAUUUACACUCAGAAUCACAAGCACUAGAUUUAAUUAUAUGUAUUAACCCAUAUAAUUGAUUAGUAACUUAUUAAACUCUAUCCCUAUACUUUCUGUUCUUUGUUUUUUUUUUUUUUUUGUAAAUUUCGUUAUUGCUACUUUAAUUCCUGAUAUAGUACUUUGAGAGUUA